UCGUCUGUGCUGUGCUCCUGGGUAGGUACAGUAGAUUUUUCUCAGUGGUUGCACAGUACGUGACCCAUAUUAGUGGGAUUUAAACAUCGAUAGCAAUCCACGCCCGACCAUGGAAAUCGUCCCCGGAGGCAAUCCAACACUUCCAGUUGUCGAAUUGUAGCGAGCUUUUGCCCCUUUCUUUGCCUAUCGCUUCUUCCCGUCCCUUUUCCCUUUUUUUUUUGGCCCUUGCGGCGCUGACCGUCGGCCACCGUGGUUCAAUCUUCGGGAGAAACCCAGAAAGAAAGAAUGAAAGAAAGAAUCACCGCCCAGGGGUCGAUGACGGGUGAGCACGUCAUGGAAAGUCUUCUUAUUGGACCUGUCUCCUUGUCACGACAUUUUCAUGCCCUUAAUUCCCAAAUGACUGGUUUGUUCUUUGGAUUGGGCCUGAUAGGUACUUUUGUUUUCUCUCUGUCUAUCCCUACUGGCUCCGAUGCAGGAAGAUAUGGGACAAAGUACGCGAGGGAUGGGAGAGCAAACCCAGGAACAAAGGAUCUCACUUCAGCUGAGGUUGUCAAAUAUCUCCGACCGGCUCCAUUUUUCAUCUACGGAUUAUUUGAUACACUCCGUACUCAUAUGAGCCUCCUACUCAUAGUAUCCUUGCUAUCCAUCUAUCUGGUGGAAGUCUGAAACCGAUUAACGUCACUGGGCGGAGUCACAUAAGGGAGG